UAUGAUUCAGUGUGGCUGAUGUCCAAAGAAAAAAGAUUCUCGCUCUCAAUUUUCAUUCGGAGCCUUCGCACAGAACUUUGGAACUUCCUGCGGCUGUGGUAUUUGCAUCAAUCUUCACUUUGCUCUACCAGCCAGAGUUUGCUUUGUUUGAUAUCUUCUUACUUUUUCAAAUUCGAAGACAACUCCAAGUGGUAGCAGAGCAAAAAAAUAUGGCAUCUCGAUUAGCCUUGACGCAAUUUUCUCGAAGAGCCCUGGGCUCCAGCCGAGUCUAUUUGGGAGGACGAGUAACUACGACCAGUAUUCCAUCGCAUACUGUGGCAGCAAAAAUUCAAGCUCCUUGUGGUUCCCUGAUCCGAUGGAAUAGCACCAGUGUGGAUGAUUCCUUGUCCCUUACAGGCCCCAAAGUGGUGGCUCCUCCCAUGGUUUACAUUGCGGGCGAAGAAAUGACGCAUUAUGCCAGCAACCUGAUUGUGGAAAAAUGGAUCAAACCCUAUUUUGACACCACUAAUUGGGAAGAGUAUGACCUGAGUUGCAAGGCCCGUGAUGAAUCUGAUGACCAAGUUCUCAAAGAUGCUGUCGAUGCGGGAAAGCGAAUUGGGGCCAUUUUCAAAGAACCUACCAUUACUCCCACGGCUGUUCAAGUCAAGGAAAUGGGAUUGUCCAAGCCAUUUGGAUCUCCUAAUGGAGCCAUGAGGAGGGGAUGGAAUGGCAUCACAAUCAGCCGUGAUACUAUUCACAUUGAAGGAAUUGAACUUGGAUACAAACGCCCAGUCUUUUUUGAGCGUCAUGCUGUGGGCGGAGAAUAUGGUGCUGGUUGGAAUGAAGUGGGGCAAGGAACCCUUUUGACAACCUACUUGCCACAAGACGGCAGUCCACCUUUUGUGGUUGACAAGCGUGAUUUGACCGAUGAGCAAAAUGCUGUCGUGGUCUACCACAACCCCUAUGACAACAUUGAACCCCUUGCUCACUUGUUUUUCAAGAGAUGUCUGGAGGCCGACAUCACACCCUACAUUGUCACCAAAAAGACUGUCUUCAAGUGGCAAGAGCCAUUCUGGGCCAACAUGAAGAAGGUCUUUGAUGAACACUACAAGGAAGAUUUCGUCAAGGCUGGCCUCAUGGAGGAAUGUGGAGGAGAGCUCCAGCACUUGAUUUCUGACGCUGCCACAAUGAAGUUGAUUCGAUGGACUGGCGGAGGCUUUGGUAUGGCUGCACACAACUACGAUGGGGACAUGCUGACCGAUCAAAUUGCGCAAGUGCAUCGUUCCCCUGGUUUCAUCACGUCAAACUUGGUGGGCAAGAAUGACGACGGCAGCCUGAUCAAGGAAUUUGAGGCAUCUCACGGAACCGUUUCGGAUCUUUGGCAUGAACACUUGGCUGGAAAGGAAACGUCUUUGAAUCCUUUGGGUAUGGCGGAAGCCAUGAUUGGUGCCAUGGAACACGCAGCAACUCUCGAUGCGGAAAAGAACCCAGAGGACGCUGACAAGCAAGCAGUCAAGGCAAAGAUCUUCAACUAUUGCACCACGCUUCGAUCUGCCAUGCACAAUACCUUCCGCUAUAAGCAGGGAACCCGUGACAUGAGCGGUCCCAGUGGUUUCACCACCGAAGACUUCAUUGACAAGGUUGCCUGGAGGCUCAACCGAUACUUGGCGCAGCAAACUGAGGAAUCACCACCACCAACUCUCCACGAACCCAGCCGUCAAUUCCGCAGAAACUACGAUGUGGAUCUCGAGUCGGUCAAUGAGAUGUUCGUGAAGUUUGACAAGAACAGCGAUGGUGUCAUUGACAUUGAGGAAUUCACCGACUUGUUGGUGCACUUGAAUCUUGCCCCCACAAAGACUCCCAAGGCCAAAGAUAAGACUGAUGAGAUUCUCUAACGAUGUUGUGACCAGCAAAUGAAUGAUGGAGAGUGAAGUGCACUGAUGAAUAGACUCCGCAAAAAACCUACAUAUUCAAAUUGUUUAGUUCAUCGUCGUUUUCAAAUAAUGCAUAAAAGAAAAGUUUGACAUGUAGCGCACGUAAAGUACUUAUUGCCCAAAUGCAGUACAAACGCAGCCUCCCUUGCUAAGGUCCCUACUGCAGCUAGAGCUAUAAUGGAAGCACGAGUUUUCAGAUGGUUACUGCAUGCAGUACGCCCGAGUGUGACUACACCGGGCCCGCAGGUUCAAAAGCUGGCCCAUGAUACAAGGUCCAUAACAAGCC